AUGUCCACACUUCGCACAUCCGCGCGCCACCUGCGCUCCGCCCUCACCACCACCGCCGCCGCAUUCGCCGCCCGCCCCGCACUCCCCCGCGCGCCGUGCAUCGCCGCCUCUCUCGAGCCCGCCGCGUCGCGGUCGCGCGCCCCCCAAAACCCCGCACAGUCCUUCUCCCUUGCGCCCCCUUCUCACGCGUCGCCGCCACUGCCAGCAUCGCCAGCAGCAUCAGACCUCCGCGCUCGCUUCCAACUCGCGUUCAAGCUAAAUCCGAAAGACACAACGCCAAACGCGUUCAAGAUCAAGCUGCGCACAGACAACGCCAUCCGCGUGGUGAGGGCAAGGGCAGCACUCUCAUCCCCUUGUUCCCUCCCCUCCGGGCUCCCCCCUCCGCAGCUACGCUCGGACAACGCUAUCCGCGUGGCGCGGGCUCGGUCGCACUACUGGAAGGGCGCGGAGGUGAAGCGGCUGAGGGCCAAGGAGGCGGAGAUCAGGCGGCAGCAGAGAGACUUUCGGCAGAAGCUUGCUUGGAUCAUGGCCAAACGCGCCAGGGCCACGGGUCGAGGUGGCAUGAGCAUGGGUAAGGGCCACGGGUCGAGGUAUGGGCAAGAGCUGCAGGUAUGGGCAAGAGCUGCAGGUAUGGGCAAGAGCUGCAGGUAUGGGCAAGAGCUGCAGGUAUGGGCAAGAGCUGCAGGUAUGGGCAAGAGCUGCAGGUAUGGGCAAGCGAUUGGGAUGAUGGGACGUGGGGUGAUGCGCGGGAUGGGAAAGCUGUGCACAUGGGAUGCGGGGCGAUGCAUGAUGGGCGAGCUGUGCACAUGGGAUGUGGGGCGAUGCAUGAUGGGCGAGCUGUGCACAUGGGAUGUGGGGCGAUGCAUGAUGGGCGAGCUGUGCACAUGGGAUGAGGGGCGAUGCAUGAUGGGCGAGCUGUGCACAUGGGAUGUGGGGCGAUGCAUGAUGGGCGAGCUGUGCACAUGGGAUGUGGGGCGAUGCAUGAUGGGCGAGCUGUGCACAUGGGAUGCGGGGCGAUGCAUGAUGGGCGAGCUGUGCACAUGGGAUGCGGGGCGAUGCAUGAUGGGCGAGCUGUGCACAUGGGAUGUGGGGCGAUGCAUGAUGGGCGAGCUGUGCACAUGGGAUGCGGGGCGAUGCAUGAUGGGCGAGCUGUGCACAUGGGAUGCGGGGCGAUGCAUGAUGGGCGAGCUGUGCACUUGGGAUGCGGGGCGAUGCAUGAUGGGCGAGCUGUGCACAUGGGAUGUGGGGCGAUGCAUGAUGGGCGAGCUGUGCACAUGGGAUGCGGGGCGAUGCAUGAUGGGCGAGCUGUGCACUUGGGAUGCGGGGCGAUGCAUGAUGGGCGAGCUGUGCACAUGGGAUGUGGGGCGAUGCAUGAUGGGCGAGCUGUGCACAUGGGAUGUGGGGCGAUGCAUGAUGGGCGAGCUGUGCACUUGGGAUGCGGGGCGAUGCAUGAUGGGCGAGCUGUGCACAUGGGAUGUGGGGCGAUGCAUGAUGGGCGAGCUGUGCACUUGGGAUGUGGGGCGAUGCAUGAUGGGCGAGCUGUGCACAUGGGAUGUGGGGCGAUGCAUGAUGGGCGAGCUGUGCACAUGGGAUGUGGGGCGACGGGGAGAGAAGGGGAUUCUGAUGCAAAGGUCAUAA